GCCCACAAGAAGCUACUUUAAAGGCGCCCCCAGGCUUGCGGCCGGGGACUGCGCGCGCUCGGGUUCCAGCCUCAGCAUUGCAGCUCCGCCCGCGCCUGUGCUCCAGCCUUCGAAUUGCAAUGCCUGUCUGGGGAGGUGGCAACAAGUGCGGGGCCUGUGGGCGGACCGUGUACCAUGCUGAGGAGGUGCAGUGUGACGGCAGAAGCUUCCACCGCUGCUGCUUUCUCUGCAUGGUUUGCAGGAAAAACUUAGAUAGCACAACAGUGGCAAUUCAUGAUGAAGAGAUCUACUGCAAAUCCUGCUAUGGAAAGAAAUAUGGACCAAAAGGCUAUGGCUAUGGCCAGGGCGCUGGCACACUCAACAUGGACCGUGGUGAGAGGCUGGGCAUCAAGCCAGAGAGUGUCCAACCUCACAGACCAACAACAAAUCCAAACACUUCAAAAUUUGCUCAGAAGUUCGGAGGAGCUGAGAAGUGCUCCAGGUGUGGGGAUUCUGUGUAUGCCGCCGAGAAGAUCAUCGGAGCUGGAAAGCCCUGGCACAAAAAUUGCUUUCGAUGUGCAAAGUGUGGGAAGAGUCUUGAAUCAACCACUCUGACUGAGAAAGAAGGUGAAAUCUACUGCAAAGGAUGCUAUGCAAAGAACUUUGGGCCCAAGGGAUUUGGCUACGGCCAAGGAGCAGGGGCCCUUGUACAUGCUCAGUAACGUGGAGCUGAGCAUCACACUUAGAAUCUCUACAUAAUCUUAAGCACAGAUUAACACUAAACUACUGUGAAAAAUUACCAGCACUGUAUACUGGCCCUGUACUUGGAUUGGCUGGCUCAUUAGUAGAAAGACAGCACUGUAUCCUUUGCUUUUUAUUCAUCAGCAUUUUCAAGAACUCUUUUACAUUUAAAAUAAAACAGCUUAAUUUGGGUGUUCA